AACACUUAAGAAUCAGUCUUAGACUUUACUGAAAGUUGCUUUUAGCUUCUUUAUAAAAGUCUCCUACUCUUAGAAAAGUCCUACUUUUUACUAAGAAUUUUUUGACACUUAAGUCAAAGCUUAAGACUAUUCUUAAGAGUAUUUCUGAGAAGUUUUAUACAUAUGGGCCCUGAUACCAAAAGUAUAUUCUUCCCCAUUUUGCAUGCAACCCAAUUGCUACAUUGGUUUUACCUCAGUUUAAAAAAAUGUAACAUUUCAUUUAAAAUUGUGACACCAAAGAAGUGGUUUUACUGAGAUUCUCUAAUUAAUAUUUAUUGCUUUAAACACAUUUAUGUCACACAAAUCAUGGUCCUAAAUUUUGGUAACAGGUAGCAAAAAUUGUAAACUUCAUAAUAGAGAAUGAAACCUGUUAAGGAUGACGAUCAGUAUGUUAGUGCUUCCUUUCACAGGCCAUUUUGUUAAUUGAAGAUUGAUGAUUUAAAUCCUACUCAUAAUUUUCUGUAUUUGUAGAAUAAUGUUCUCGAGCGAGCCGUGGACUGGAUCUUCUCUCAUCUGGAUGAUCUGGAGUCUAUGGACGUGUCUGAAGGUGGACGCUCAGAGGGAGGAAGUGAAGCCAGUCGGGAACCUCCUCCAGGACCGCGUGUCCGUGAUGGACCAGGAAAGUACGAGCUUUUUGCGUUCAUCAGUCACAUGGGAACGAGCACAAUGUGUGGUCAUUACGUCUGCCACAUCAAGAAGGACCAACAGUGGGUAAUAUUUAAUGAUCAGAAAGUUUGUGCCUCUGAGAAACCACCGAAGGACCUGGGCUACCUGUACUCUUACAGAAGAGUGGUGGAAUAGAGUAAACUAGAAUAGCAUUUUACACACACACACACACACACACACACACACACACACACACGUUUGUUUUUGUGAAAAGUGGGGACAUCCCAUAGGCAUAAUGGUUUUUAUUCUGUACAAACUGUUUGUGCUAUAUCCCUACACCAACCCUACACCUAACCCUACCUCUUACAGGAAACUACUGGCAAUUUUUGAAUUUCAUAAAACACCGUUUUGUAUGUUUUUUAAGCCUUUUGUUUUAUGGGGACACAGGAAAUGUCCUCAUAAACCAUGUUUACGUUGUAGUACCCAUGUCAUUAUACACAUUUGUGUCCUCGUAAAUCAUAUAUAUACCAAUACACACACACACAGGUUUCCAUUUUUUGGUUUUUAUACUGUACAAACCGUAUUUUCUAACACCCAACACAACACCAAUCCUACACCUAAACCUACCCCUUACAGGAAACUUUCUGCUAUUUCAGAUUUUCAAUACACUCCAUUCUGUGUGAUUUAUAAACUUGUUUCCUCAUGGGGACCUAAAGAAUGUCCCAACAAGGUCAAAAUUUACUGGUAUUACUAUACUUGUGGGGACAUUUGGUCCCCAUAACGUGAUACACACCAGGUACACACGCUCUUCUGUAUGUGAUCUACUGGAAGGCCCAGACUCCUGCUUCUGAACUGAUGCACUAUUUAAUAAGUCAAAGCACUUCUCCAUCAAAUAUAUUCACUACCGAGAGAACCCAGAUGUAAUAAUGACAGAAGGAAAUAAAAUAAGAUGUAGGAUGUGCGAAUUAGAGUGUUCUUACUCGAAACGCCCAUGUUGUACAAUGCCUUACCACACACACACACACACACACACACACACACACACACACACACACACACACACACACACUAGUCUCCUUCGUGCCUCCCCCUGAUUGGAUAGUGGCUAUUGUGACAUCAUCGCUUUUAGAGCUAAGCUCCACCUUCCUUCCCUUUAUGUGUUCCGGAAUGUUUCUGCAAAUGUUUAAUGGCAAGUAAAUGUCACUAAAUCACAAAAACAGCUAAAUAUUAUAUAUUGGAAUUUGAAAUGUAAAAAAUGAAUGCAAAAGGUUCAGGUUUUAGUGUCGGCUGGUUUCUCGCACGCGCUGGUUUUUAUCAGAUGGACUAAAUGCGCAGAACUUUCUUCAAACUUUUUCAACAAACAUAAAACAACCUUCAAAA